AUACUCCUACGAUAUCUGAAGGACAAAUUCCUGCAAUAAAGCUACCUGGCGUAAGCGACGUUAAUAUUGAUGAAGAAAAUGAAGUAGACAAAGCUUCAGUAGUGGAAGAAACAGAAACUACAGAAAGUAGUAAGAAAAUGGAAGAAAAUGAGGAACAUUCCUCCCAAGAAGCCAAAGCAGUUAUCGUGACUGAAUCAGAUUGCAAAAAUAACAGAAAUAUAGAUACAACCAAUGUUGCGGAACAGUUUGUAGCUGACCGAAUCAAAGUUAUUGAAGAAUGUAUAUUAGAAUCUGAUGAACAUACCGUUCCACUUCAACACCAGAUUGUCCUUCCAACAGACAUUAUUGAAGCUAUCUAUGUUGAAGAUGUCCACCAACAAACAUCGCCUGUACAAACAGAUUUGCUUGAAGAUGAAACUGAUCGUGAAAUAGCAUUUAUUACUUCAGAUAACAUGUUAGCUCCACUAAGCUUCGAGCAAAAAUCCAGUCAGACAUCACCAGAUAAUGGUACCGUAAAAUUGUCCCAACAAACUUCGCCCAUCACAGUUCAGCCUGUUUUUAGCGACUAUAAAGAAGUACAAACUGAGCUCAACCUUCUGGAUACCGAAACGCAGACUACGGAUGUUGCCAUCAUUGAACAAAUCAUUCAAACUGAAUUAGGUCAACCAGAAGCAAAUGUAAAUGAUAUUGUUAUGCCAAAAGUGUCAGAAUCUGCUAAUCAAACAAUAAUUAUUGAAAAAACUGAAUCAGAAACGCAGACACUUGAUGAUGUCCAAAAUUUGGUAGAACCAAUAUUAUACAAAAUCAUCGAUACGACCGUAGAAAUUGGGAAAGAUGCAAGUCGCCAGUCUGUUCAAACAAGCCCAAUUGAUUUCACUGAAUUGAAAACUAAAUCAGACGCUCCUCCUUAUUCUCGAAAUGAAUUUGUACAAACAAUGGAAAUCGAUGUCGUUGAUAUGCAAACUUCUACUGAACAAACUUAUAAAGACACAGGAUCAUCUCCUGCUAAACAAUUACAUGUUACAGAAAUAGAAACGCAAACUAGUCCCGUUCAUGUGACCAAUACAUCAGUUGAGCAAGUUAUAAUGUUUAAAAAUGAUGCUUCAAUUAAGACAGAAGUAGAAGAAAAUAUUCCAAUAACACAUGAACAAGCUGAUGCACAAGUUCAAACAUUUACAACCAGUUAUAUUCCUGAAACAAUUGUAAAAGAAACCCAAACAAGCGCAUAUGAGGCACCGAUUUCUCUUCAUCGAAAAGAGAAAAAGAAAUCCAAAUCAAAGAAGGGAAAGAGUAGUCAAGCAGCUCCAAUAGAGCUAGAAGUACAAACGGAGCUACAUAUUCCAGAACAUGAUUCUUUCGAACCUGUAACAAUAACAAAAACAAUAGAGCACAACGCAAAGGAUUCAGAUGAUUCAUUGAAUGUACAAAUUCAAGUAGAAAUACAGCAUCCAUUGCAAACUGAUACGUGCAAAGAAAUUAGUUAUGACGUCUUUGAAGACAAAUCAUGGAUAGUCAAUCUUGCUGAUUAUUUUUCAAUAAUAAGAUCUCAAAGAAGUUAUGCCGAAGACAAAGCAGUACCAUGGAAAGAGAUAAAGGAAAUGCUAUUGGAUAUAUGGCCACAAAUCACCAACAAUCGUCGCCCAGACUACUUUUACAAGCCAUUAACAUUCGAUGACUUGGAAGAUAAUCCACCUGAUACUAAGCUAUUGCUCUCCAUGUUGAAUGAGAAUAGCAGCAGCCCUGAAGUACAAAAUCGGAUACUGUUUGAUACACUUGAGAGGAUGAAUGUUCAAGCUGAAGAUAUUGCAUCCAGAUUGUGUCCUAUAUCAGAGAUGAACGAAGCAGAUCGCCUUCGCUUGUAUACUCUCUGUAAAAUCAGAUUGCAAUGCAUAUCUGACAAAAUUGAAUGUUUGACUAGAUACAUAUUAGAAAGUGGCAUGGAUUCGCAAUUUGAUAUUAUUGGCUGUCUAGAACAAACAAAAAAAGGUAUUUCAGAUCUGUACUUGUAUAUUAUCGACGAAGAAGACAUGAACAAGAAAUGUAACGAAGAUAUUCAUCAUUUAUCAAACAAAAUUCAACAAGCUAGCAAUCAUUUGGAAGACAUACAUGAAAAAGUAAACAGUACAGUAUUGGAAAGCUCACUGUCCGUGAGUGAAAAGUUGUCCAAUUUAGAGAAUAUUGAGCAUCGUAACAACGAAUACAUACAAGAUUUAUCAGCAAUAUUGAAUGACAAUUGCAAUUCAAAUAGUAUCACUACUGAUGCCCAUUUGGAAGAAAAUUUGAAAAAAGCUGAUAACAUGUCGAAAAAAAUUCAACAGACGAUUACUGUUGAACGAAAUAAAUUGAUACAACUGAGUAGUCUUGCAGAAGAAUACGAACAAACACUACUGGAAUUUGAAGAAAUUGCCACUGCCGCAGCCGAUUUCAUAGAGAAUGAUAUUUCGACGAAUAGUUUGAAAGAACUUGAAGAGGAAAUGCAACGGUAUCGUAAGUUUUUCGUGAAUCUCAGCCACUGCAAAAUGAUUCUUGAAUCAUUAGAAUCCAACUUGGAUCCAAUCACGCGAACGAAACAUGCAAAGCUACAUUCAGCGUUAUACAAUAAAACAAGCAUAAUUUUAGAACGCGCAGUUGACAGAGCCGCUCGACUGGCACAAGCAGCCUCCAAGUGGACCGUUAUAGAAAAAGAAAUGCGUGAUGAAAUACAAUGGUUACAAGUUGCACAGCAAAGAAUACCAGACUUACAAAAUGUAACAUCUGAGGAUUACGAACAAUACAUCAAGUUGUAUGAAUCGUUGAAGCAAGACAUACUUCGACACCACACCAAAAUGAUGCAACAUAAUGAAAUAGCCAGAAAAAUGCAAGAGCUUAUAUGUGCACCAGCAUUAGUUAAAGAUAGUAGUGAAGCAUUAACCGUCGUUACGAAUCUGAAAGAAGAAGUUUUACUCUAUCUCAUAAAAUUACAAAAAUUCAAAAACUUCUGGAGUCAAUACAAUGCAGCAGCAGAUAAACUCCACGAAUGGAUUUGCCAUGCUCAAAAACAAUUAAACUCACUAACGAUUCCACAGAACCUUGCUGAUACGUCAGUUGAAGAUAUGCGCAAAUUUUGGGAAAUUAAAGCCCAGUACGAAGUGAUGAAUAAUAAAGUGUAUGAAAACGCAUGUAGUUCAUUAGAUGAUGCUUUGGCGACUAUCAACAUUACCGAUGAAGACCUUCAACGCCAGCUUUUUGGUCAAUUGUUAGAAAAUUGGUCUUCCACGUCUAACAAAAUAAUGGAUAUACAGAACCACAUAUAUGAUUCUAUUAAAACAACAAACACCUCAUCAAAUGAUAAAAUAACAUUCAUCGAAAAGGAACUUCGAGACAUUAAUUCUACCUUUAACACUUUGAAAGGAGUACUCAAAUCAUCGGAAGAGCUUUACCUUUAUAUUGAAAAAAUGCAAAUGUUGAAAACCCGUGUUUAUAUAGUUGACACCGAACUAGGUCAACUCGCAUUAGCAUCGGAUUUCAAUGUGGAAAAAAUAACUGAGCUUUUUGAAAUCUCAAGUAAUAUUUCGCAUCAAAUUAACGAAGAAUAUGAAGCUGCAGAAAACUUCUAUAAAUGCUUAGAAAACAUAGAAAUUGGUAUCAAAAAACAAGAAAAUCGUUUUCUUGACAUAACAAAAGUUCUGGAUGAAUGUGGUGCACGAAUUAAUGGAAAAAGACCAGAUGUUGAACAGUCACUAAAUGAUUGCAAAAUAUGCCAAUCUGAACUGAGUGAUUCAUGGAAUGAAAUGAUGAAAUUGAGGCAAAUGCUACAUACUUUACCAAUGAAUUUGAAAGUGUCUGUUUCUCCGCAACAAACUGAAAGGGAUCUAUCAAUUCUACAAAAUAUUCAUAGUGAUCUUGAACGAAAAUGUGAAAACAUCAUUUCUCAAUUACGGGACCGUUUAUCUCUGUGGAACAAGUUUUAUUGUCAGCUAGAAAUCAUCCAAAAUCAUAUACAUGAAACGGAGUUCAUGAUGGAUUUGAUCCAACUACAAGAAACAGCCGAUUAUUAUCGUUUGUUAAAAGCAACUGAGCGGCUAGAUGCACUUCUAGUAGAGAUCGAAUCCAGAAAUGAAACAGUGGACGAUUUACAGAAUAUUGCAAAGCCAUUGAUUGAAACAUCCGAAGCAGGUGUAUCAAUGGAAAUCCAAGAAACAGUUGAACAAAUGACUGCACUGUGGCAGAAUACUCAGGAAAAUUUACAAAAUCUAUGCCAACGUUAUGAAAAUGCUGUCAAAUUAUGGGAUCGUUACAAUGAGAUCUCUGAAGGCGUGAAAGAAUGUAUUUCCCAAAGCAUUCUCGAUUCUGCUAGAGGAAAAGAUAUUGCUAAUUUCCAAACACUAGAACAUUAUCAAGCAUCUUUGAACGAAAGAAAACAAGAUUUGAAUAAACUAAAAAAUUACAUCAGAGACAUUAAUGAACAGGUCGGAUUCAAUAUAGCAAAUACUAUGAUGUCCGAAAUUGAUGAAUUUUCCAAAAGGAUGGAUGAUAUUUCAGAAGACAUUACAUUCCAAUUGAGUGCUGCAUCUUCUAGUCAAUCAGAAAGAUCAAUUAAACAAACAGCUUAUGCUGCAUCAAACGCAAUAGUUACACAAGUUCAGCAGGAUUUGCAUUCUUCAAUACCAGAUUCCGAAUUUGGAUCAACACUUAUGGACCUCGAAACCAAUUUGUUAAACUUAAGCGCAACUGAGUCCCACUUGAAAACUAUCGCAAGCGAAAAAGGCAGUAGUAGAGACGAAAUGUAUCCCGCCUUCGAGAAUUUACAUAUGCACUCACUCACUCUACUGCAAGAAGCAAUUCAUCAGCACCAGAAAACAUUGCAGCAAAUGGUUCUUGAAAAAGAUUAUUGUUAUCUUCUAGAAUAUUGGGGAAAAUUUUUGCAUCGCAUCACAACAUUCGUAGAUCAGAAUAUUCCGAGUGAAUAUUCCAAACUACAACAGCAUCGAGACCAAUACAAUGUAAUAAGUCACUUAGUUCGACAAUGGCAAACGUCAAUGCUAAAAAUUACCAGAAACGAUGAUAAAAUGAAAGAUUCGUAUGUAGCUCUACAUAAGCACCAUAAAGAAUGCGUAAAAAGAAUCAACGGAAAUAUUACUGAUAUUGAGGAAAAAUUAUUAUACUGGCGCAAAUUCAAAUCAUCGCAAACGACAUUACAAGAAGCAAUCAUAACUAUUGAAGCAGAGAAGUACAAUCUUCAGAUGGAAUAUAUAAACAUGAAAGAGCUUUCAAAACUGAUCACAAAAGUGAUCAAUUUACAAACUAGAUUUUCUGGAUUGCGAGUAGUUCUCAACAACAUAGAUCAGGAAGUUGAGCAAUUGAUAUCGAGUCUAGCUGAUGAUCACACAAUAGUAGCCAUAAAAACUGAACAUGGACGAAUAAAAUCAAAAUUAUCCAAACUUGAGGAAAGUGUCAACACGUGGAAAAUAUUCCUGUUAAAUGUUUCGGAACUGUAUAGCAGCUUAAAUUCACAAUGCAACGAUGUCAAUAAAAGUUUAAUUGAAUUGGGACAUUCUAUAGAAACAUUCAAAUUGGAAAACCCAGUGACUUCUCAACACCAUUUGAACAUGCUGAAAAACGAAAAAUUACGGUUGGAAUAUGUCAAAGAAGAACUUAAGAAGAUCAAUCUCACGAAAGAAGAAUUGCAAUGUUGCAUCAGUCCUUUCGAUGCGAAAUUAAUUUCCAAGCGAGUAUGCAGUCUUUGGCAGCUUCUCGAUAAACUGGAAAAUGCCAUUUCUGUAUCGCUAAGACAAAUGCAAAAUAGAAUUCAAAAUCGCAAAUUGUUCCUGAAUCAAUAUAAUCUCAUGAUGGAAUGGAUUAUCAAGUUUGAUAAACGGCUGAAUGACUCUAAUAAAUAUGAAAUCUGUGAAGAGGACUCCAAUUUUAUCAAAUCUGUUGAAGAUACGCUUUUGCAGGAGAUGUCCUGCAAAGAAUCUGAAAUAGCUUGGUUCAACGUGAUUGGCAACGACUUAAUGGAAGCGUUAUUGAGUGGCGAAGAACUUACUGAAAUAGGCUCUAAACAAAAACAUUUAAAUGAUGCCUGGGAAAAGCUUGUUAGGCAUUGUCAAGAAAGAAGACAAAAAAUUUCCGAAGUAAGCUCAACGUCCGUUUCAUUGCAUCAACGAAUCAUCGAUAUCAGAGCUUGGAUGACCCAAAUUGAACUGGAACUAAAACAACCAUUUAUGUUCGAAGAUAUAGAAAAAAGUUGUUUAGAUAAGCUUCUUGAUGAUUAUGAGAAACUGCAACGGUCAGUAGAAAGCAACAGUGGAAACAUCGCGGAGAUACUAAACCUAUGUGAAAUGUUAUUCACAGAUGUUGAAUCGUGGAAUGUACACAUUAAUCGAAAGCUAAUUAAUCAUGACGUGAAAAGUUUAGAAAUGCGAUGGAAAAAUAUUUGCAUAGAUACAGGCAGACGGAAACAAGAUUUGUUAUCAAUAUGGAGUAUGCUGGAUGAACUACUGCAAAUAAUAGACUCCCAGCAUAUUUGGAUUGAUGAAACCAACAGAUUCCUGGAUGAUAUAGAUUGUCAAUGCGAUACUGCUGAUAAUGAAACACUAUGCACAAUAUUGCAAGAAUUGUCUACAAAAUUCUCCGACAUUGCAGGACGGGAACCAAUUCUGCAAAUACUAAGAACAUUAUACUUUUCCCUUAACAAACAUAGCCGUGUGGACAGGUCUAAUAUGCAACAAAUUACAAUGACAGCUAAACAUGUGCUCUUAGUCUGGGAAAAAUUGAUGUUGAAAUUUGAAAGCGUCAAGACACGCAUAGAAGAACUUACGCAUUUAUUUUCUUCUUUCAAUAGUGAGUACGAAAAUAUUAUCGUGGCAUUGACACAUAUAGAUGUUGAAGUAACAAACGUAAAACACUUGGAUGAUGGAACAAAUGCACAAACAUCAGAAACCAAGUUGAAACAUCUACGAGAUCUACAUAAUAAACUAAGAUUCGUUAUUAAUAUGUUUGAUGCGCAAGAUGAGCUUGGUAGCUCAUUGAUACAAUUAUUACCAGAUAAUAGUAAAAUGUCUCAGAAGGUGCAAAACCAAAUAAUGGAAUACCAUCAAUUGGCGAAUAAUAUAAAACAUACUCUGGAUUCAUUGGUGGAUCAAACAAACCAAGGCAAAAUUAGCCUAGAUAAAUCUGAACGAGAUUACGCUGUUCAAGUUGAUACACUUUCACCCCUAUCUAUAACAGCUAAAGAUGCUUACCUGUAUCAAUUACAAACUGCUAUCGCAGAAGCUAAAUCAAAUCUAGCGAUUUUGGAAGCAUCUAUUUCAGAAAUAAAUGCUAGUAAUUUCCUAACAUCUACUCAAACUGUUUCAAAAGCAUCUGCGGCUUGUGAAUCUUCAAUCGAGCUUAUAAAACAUCUGAAUAUAAUUUUAACAUCGGAAUGCCAUUGUAACGAUGAAGAAGCUAUGAGUAGCGCAGUAAAGAAGGAAUGUGAUAGAUAUUCACAUAAUUUAACAGAAUGGCGAUUAAAACAGCAAAAGCUAGAAGAAUUGAGCAACGAAGAUUAUUUGACGUGUCCUCUUUGUACAAAUCGAAACUGGCAACAAAUCGAUAAUGAUUUAUGGCGUCUCGAACAAUGGUUAUCAAUGGCCGAAACUACGCAAAAAUCACAGCACACCCAUCCUCCAAAUGAUAUUGAUACCCUGGAAGACAACAUACAAGAUCAUCGAGAGUUUUUGCUAGAUUUAGAUAGUCAUAAAAGCAUAAUCAAAUCUUUGAACAUUGUUGGAGAACAUCUAGCCACUCAUACGCUAGAUACUGAAAAGGCUAUCAAAUUGAGAGAACGUCUACAUAGCAACAAUAUGCGCUGGGACAAGGUGUGUAACCAAUCAUCUCAGUGGCAAGCACAGCUUCAUAGAGCAUUGAUGGAGAAUAAAGAAUUUCAUCGCACUAUAACUGAACUUAGCACGUGGCUAGAGCAAACGGAACACAAAAUUAAAUCAUCAGAGCCAAUUGACUUGACAAUGGAUAAGUCCGUAAUUGAAAGAAAAUACAAGAUAUUUAUGGAGCUGAGAAAUGACUUGGUACGAUGUGAGCCACGUAUUGUUAGCUUACAAGAAACAACUUCACAGCUGACGAAAUAUUUGGAUGACAAUACAUCACAAAAGUUCAAUGAAAUAUAUGCAAAGUUGACGGAUCUAAGAUUGAGGUUCCAUUCAAUUCGAAGAUUAGUAGAAGUUUACACAGUCAAAAUUGCCUCGGCAAUAGGAAUUGACAGACCAUUGGAUAUGCAUGCAUUCUCAUCCGGAAAUGCACAGAGGAAUCAAGAGGGUAGCGGAUCGUUCACACAAGUAGCGACACAUGAUGCAAAUGCCCAAAGGGACGACGACGAGGAACACAUAAACACCACAGUAUUGACCAGAAGCUAUCGAUUUUUAGGCCGCGUAUUGCGGGCAUCUCUUCCUAUUCAAGCAAUGCUGUUGCUAUUGCUAGGUGUAGCUACCCUCAUGCCCCAUGGUGAAGAUUAUUCAUGUUCUUUCACCAAUAACUUUGCUAGAAGUUUAGAACCAAUGCUUCGCUAUCCAAAUGGUCCCCCACCAAUAUGAGAAUAUAAAGUGCAAUAAAACAUACUUGGAUAUCCAAUAAAAAAUCAACUCUUUCGAUAAACGUUACCACAGGCAAAACUCUUCCUUCUAGUAUUAUAAAUUUGAAAAAGGCAAAUUCCACGAAUAGCAUUGCACUAGUGAUACAUAAAUAUAUAAAUGAAACAGAAUAAAUAAAUACUUCAAGUAAAUAA